GCCACGGAAAGUUUUUUCCAUUGCUGUUGCAUGAAACUUGUCGUCUCCUUAAAGCAAUCUCUAGCAAAACCUCCGAUGUGUUUCCUUGCCUAGCUUGAAUUGGAGGCCUACACACGUUGGUUGUCUGCACGUUUAUGUCAAAAAAGAAUAUGGAAUGUCGUCGCUCUCUGGACAUUUGGUUUCUUCGCCUUUGCAUUGAGAUUGCCUUCUUUCUCAAGAAACCUAAAGCUUCAUCUCCUUCCAAUCCAUCCCCAUAUAUCCGUUUUCUAUCCAAUCUUUGAUCUUUCGUCUAAGUUGUUAAGAAGGGUCAAAGAGAGAUAGCUCUCCUAAUCCAAUACUCAUCGCCUUUCGAACUCGCCAUGGACGACGGAGAGGCCAAGAGUGACUCGAGGAGCAGGCCGGCCACCCCGCCUCCUCCCGCCGCUAGGAACGAUGACGACCUUGGCCCCGAUCUCGCCUUCCCAUUGUCCCUGCUACAAGAAAAGGAAGAACGAGAAGUACAAGAAGUACAAGAAGAGAGAGACCGCCGCUCGGCAGCAGCCGCGCUCUCCACCAUCGAGAGCGAGACAGAAGAGGAGGAGGAGGAGGCCAGCGACGAGGAGUCGAGCGACUACAGCAACGAAGAAGACCGUUACUUCUACUUCCUGUGGAACGCGUUCGAAGUAGAACUCGGGUUCCCGGAGGGAGAAGACAGCAGCCGUUACUUCAACUCCCUGCGCAACGCGUUCGAAGGAGAACUCGGGUUCCCGGAGGGAGAAGACAGCAGACCGGGCCACUUCGACAUGCUGGAGUCCGACGACAUAGACGUGCCGGAGUCCGACGACAUCGACGUGCCGGAGUCCGAUGACAUCGAUCCCGACGAGCCGUCGUACGAGGAGCUGAUCGAGCUCGGAGAGAUCAUCGAGGAAGAGAAGAGAGGGCUGUCGCUAGAGCAAAUCGGCAAAUGCUUCAGGCCAUACACUUUCCGAUCCCAAUCGCUAGCCGAACAGAAGAACGGAGCGAUCGACAGAUGCGUCAUCUGUCAAAUAGAAUAUGAAGAAGGUGAAAAGCUAGUGGUUCUUGAUUCCUGUGAGCAUCCUUACCAUUCAGAAUGUAUCACCCACUGGCUCCGAGCUCAGAAGACGUGCCCCAUCUGUUUCUCCGAAGUUUCAGCUCCCGAGAAAUCAUUGACUUAG